ACAUGAGAAACGGCCUCUCGCUCCUCGCUUCCCAGCCUGGGAGCAAUCGGAGGGCUGCGGCAGACACAAAGGCUGCACGGCGCGGGAGCCAGAUCCAGAAACCAAAAUGGAGGAACAGGAGCCCGCUGGUGCCAAGCCCCGGGAGAGUGUGGAAGGGGGAGCGCGAGACCUUCACGUCGUCCAGAUUGGGGCGUCUGGGGAGCUGCUGGAAGGGGUGCCGCCCCCGCCGCAGUUCAAACGGGAGCCUGAGGAGCAGUGCUGGGAAACCCAGCUGCAGGACUUCCUGAAGACGAUGCAGCCGCCCCGUCCUGGGUGGAGAAACCCGCCGUCCUCUCACUACCCGUCAGGAGAAGAUACCAAGUAUUUUCAGACCUCCUUCAAAGGAGUAGACGAAGCCGGCCGGUGGCCGAAAGUCGAAUGCGUGUCCCAAGGGGUGUCGGGCCUUGGCAGAGACGACAGCAGGGCCUACGAGAGCAGCCGAGAUUCUCCCGUGAAAGUGAAGGAGGAGGUCUUGGACGAAGAUCCGGUCACCGUGGAGAUGCGGAGGCAGCGCUUCCGGCUCUUCUGCUACGAGGAGGCCGAGGGCCCCCGGGAGGUUUGCAACCAGCUCUGGGAGCUUUGCCACCAGUGGCUGAGGCCAGAGAACCACACCAAAGAGCAGAUCUUGGAGUUCCUCAUCCUGGAGCAGUUCCUGACUGUCCUGCCCCCGGAGAUGCAGAGCUGGGUCAGGGAACAAGGGCCCGAGACCUGCACGCGGGCUGUAGCCCUGGCAGAAGGUUUCCUGCAAGAGUCUGAGGAACCGGAACAAAAGAUGGCGGGAUCCUUGGAGAAGGCAUUUAAUUCGCCAAAGUCUGAUCAUUCUCCGCCUGUUGUCCUGAAGAUGCAGCUCCCCCUGGAGGACAAGCAGGAGGAUGACUGGGAGGCCACCUUGUCUGGCAAUGAGCAAGUGCAAGACGAGGAAGAGGAGGAGUCCUUUCAGGCUGACCGGCCCGAGCAAGGAAUAUCGUUGGAAAGAGCCAAAGCAAAAGGCUUCCAGGGCCAUGAGAUGGACGAGAGGUCCGAGAGUCAUCAAGGUUCGGAGGGUCACCAGGAGAACCAUCCCGGGAAGGCACCAAAGCUUUGUGAGGAAGGCGAGAGGGUCGUACGGGAAAGCCCCUUCCAGGAGGGAACCCACAGGCACACAGACUCAGGGGAAAGCUCCUGUCAGAGCUUUGGCCAUCAGGAAAUGCAACCGAUCGAGAAACCCCACAAAUGCUCGUUUUGCGGGGCGAGCUUCUACGAGAGAACCCACUUGGUGAUCCACGAGAGAAUCCACACUGGGGAGAAGCCGUACAAGUGCUCCGUGUGCGAGACGUGGUUCUCCCACCCCUCCGAGCUCAUGCGGCAUGAGGAGACCCACAUGCCGGAGAAGCCCCACAAGUGUGCGGCCUGUGGCAAAAGCUUCAACCAGAAAGCGUCCCUCAUCACCCACGAGAGGACCCACACGGGAGAGAAACCCUACGAGUGCUCCGAGUGCGGGAAGAGCUUCAGUACCAGCUCCCAGCUCAUUACACACAAGAGGGUUCACACGGGGGAGAAGCCGUACAGCUGCUCGUACUGCGGCAAGAAUUUCAACCAGAAAGCGUCCCUCAUCACGCACAAGAGAACCCACACGGGGGAGAAACCCUACGAGUGCACACUGUGCGGGAAGAGCUUCAGCGCGUGCUCUCAGAUCAUCAACCAUAUCCGAGUCCACACGGGCGAAAAGCCCUAUGAGUGCUUGGAGUGCGGCAAGCGUUUCGGCAGCAGCUCCCACCUGACGGAUCACAAGAGAACGCACACGGGCGAGAAGCCGUACAAGUGCCCCGACUGCGGGAAGAACUUCAGCCGGAGUUCCAACCUCACCGCGCACAGUCGGAUCCACACAGGAGAGAAGCCAUACAUAUGCUCAGGUUGCGGCAAAAGCUUCCGGCAGAAAGCGUCCCUGAUCACACACAAGAGAACCCACACGGGGGAGAAACCCUUCGAGUGCGCCGAGUGCGGAAAGAGCUUCAUUUCCAGCUCCCGCCUCGUCAGCCACAAACGGGUGCACACGGGGGAGAAGCCCUAUGAGUGCUUGGAAUGUGGGAAGUGCUUCAUUUCCAGCUCCCACCUGCUCAGUCAUAAAAGAGUGCACACGGGAGAGGAGCCGUACAAGUGCUCGUAGAGCGGGACGGGCGUCUGUCGCUGUGCCACCCUUCCGAGGGCCGGUUCACGCCUAACCCCGCACCCUGGCCGGGGAUCCUAUAUACCUGGGACAGCCCAGCUUCUAUAAUCUUGAGGGCCGUUUUAAUUCUCUAGACAUAACGUAAAAGCGCGGAAUCUCUCUUUCCACUUAAAACAAGUGAACAUUUUUCAUCGGGCCAGAUAGGUUUCUUCCAAGGGCCAGGUCAGGGCCGCCAGUCGCCUAUCCUGGCUGUAGGCCUUGUUAUGCCAGUUGGUGCGUGUCCUUGCCGCGGCGCAUGGAGUGUGAUGUGCGCCAGUGUGGGUAGGGAACACGACCCGGAUUCGUGCAAUCCUUCCACCUACCCCAAAGGACCGGAAGAGCAUGCAAACCCAUGUGUACCACAUCUCCCGUUAACAUAAAAUGCAUUGUGGGAGACGCACGCACACAUUAGGCCAGCUGGACCAAUGGCCCGACUCAGUACAAAGCAGCUACGUGUGUUCGCAUGUGACUGCCUCUUGUAUCUGAUUCCUAGCUGGCAGCUAGCCCUGAGGUGCAAGAUUCCCUAUAGAUCAAGGGUGAGGAACCUCAGCCCCAGGGGCCGAAUGGGAUGUCCCAGUCGGCCCCACCCCUUUCCUGGCCCUGUCCCCUUUGCCCAAACCACUGAUUGGUGGUUCCUGGCUUUUGUGCGGCUUUCCCCCAUUCUAGAAGGUUGAAACUGCCUCUCCUAAGGCUUUGUGAUUGGCAGGAAGAGCCUUAAGCUAAAAUAGGCUGGUAUAUUUUUUUGUAAUUUUGGCUCUUGGCCCCACCCACUUUAUCUUAGGCUCCGCCCACCACUGCCCUCAGCCACUGUCCUGAAAUUGAAUCCAGACCCCAGGCUGAAAAACGUUCCCCUUCCCCAUCCCUGCUUUUUCCAAAAAAAAAACCACCCCAUGACAUGGGGAUGAGCAAUUCAUCUACGGCAGCCUUCUCCAAUCUGUUUCCCUCCAGAUGAUUUGGACUAUAUUCCCCAUGCUAGUUGGGGGUGAUGGGAAUUGUAGUGACACAUCUAGAAGGCUCCAUGUCAGGUAAGGCUAUUCUAGGCUGUUGUCUCUCAAACUGCGUUCCCUGCAGAGGUCUUUCGGCAUUGAUUUGUCAGCUGGGCAAACUAGGACCGAUACAGGACCUGAGUGUGCUGUAGAGGAUUCUGGGAAAUGUUCAAUUGCACAUACACAUACACACAUGCAGAGUUGGCACAGCUGGGCCUGUUGGGUCGCACUGAGAGAAAGAACUUGAGAUUUCAAAAAAUUCAAGUGUGGGAUUUAUCCACCCACCCACCCAAGGAGCGGCUAUUCAACUACUUUCAAAUAGGUUUAGGCUGUGACCCUAUACACAGGAGUAAGUCCUGUUGAAAUCAGUGGGAUUUAUUUAUGAGUAAAUGUGAGUUACGAGUGUGCUAUUUGGAGUUGUGAUGUAGGCGUGCCCGGAUAUAUACUGGCCCUGAGUGUGGAGGUUCUAUAUUUUGCUGCAGCUAACAAGAGACAAAUCUGGGGAUUGGUCCAUCAGUUAGGCCCAAGCUAAGGGGACAGGGCCAUAGGAGAGCCAGCGUGGUGUAGUGGUUAGAGUGUUGGGCUGGGGCUUGGGAGAUCCAGGUUCCAGUCCCCCCCUUGGCCAAUAAAGUUCACUGAGUGACUUCGGGCCAGUCACUGACUCUCAGGCCCACCUACCCCACAGGGCUGAUGUGAGAAUAAAAAUGGAGAGGAGGAGGACUUUGUGAGCUUCCUUGGGUUCCUUGCAAGAUGGAAAAAGGCAGGAUAGAAAUGCAAUUUUGGCUCUGUUCCCUUUGCCCCCUGUCCGUCUUGCCUUCAGCCUUACCCAGCACUGGGACGUGGUCCCUGAGAGCUGCUCCAACUUUGAAUGCCACCCUCAGUCAAAAAAGAGGUUCAACACCCCUGAGGUAGGGCUUCGGAAGACUCCUGUCUGAAACCUUGCAGAGCUGCGGCCACUCAGUGUUGACAAUACUGAGCAAGCGGUCUGACUUCGUGUCAGGCAGCGGUCUGUGUUCGGUAUCCCCUAAGCAACGUCUUGUGGUGACACGUGGAUGAUGUGGAGAGAGGAAAGCUAGUGAAAAGUAUCCUCCCACAUGAUAGUAUCAGAACUGGGGUUCACCUAAUGACAUUAGGUUGGCUCCAGAUUUAGUCAUACUUCGAGUUAGGGCCGGCCAGCAUGAGGCAGUCGUCUCAGGCGGCAGAUGCCGGGAGGCAGCAGAAAGACGCUCAAAGAGAGCUGCGUGCCCUGAAGCCUACUCUGUACCCCUGCUGCCUUCAAGUUCCCAUCAUUAGUGUUGAAGUAAGAUUCAUCUACCAGUCCAGUCAGCUUUUGUACAUGGAAUGGGAGGGGCUGCCAUCUUGUCCUUCACCUCGGGCAGCAAAAUGACUUGGGUCAGCCCUCCUUAGAGUACACCAUUGAAACCAAUGUAACUUAAGUAGCCAUGGCUAACUUAAGUCCCAUUAAGUUCAAUGAAUCUCCUCUAAUUGUGCCUAAAUCUGGAGCCAACCCAUUAACUGACAGUAAAUUCAGAACAGACAAAAAAAAGUUACUUCUUCACAUAAUGCACAACUUGACUUUAUGGCAUUUGCUACCUCAAGAAUUAGCCACUGGCUGGCUUAGAUCAGACCUGAGCAGAAGGUGGAUCUCCAGAUGUUUUUUGACUUACAACUCCCAGCAUUCCUGACCAUUGGCCAGGCUGGCAGGGGCUCCUGGGAGUUGAAGUCCAAAACAUCUGGAGAUCUGCCUUCUGCCCACCCUUGGCUUGGAUGGCUUUAAAAGAGGAUUAGGCAAAUUCGUGCAGAGGUAGAUUACUGAAGGGUGUGAGGCAUGAGAGCUAAUGGAACCUCCAUUUUCAGAGGCAGUAUUCCACUGAAUACCAGGGGGUGGGGGUGGGAAGCGAAAAGGGGACAGCUGUUGCCUUCAGACAGCUUUUUAUAUAAACAUUCACCUGGUUGCCACAGGCAACCAGGAACUAUGCUGGAGAGUGAGCAGGCUGGUGAAAAAUGGAUGGUGUGUUCCAUUCCUCCUCAGCAUCCAGCAUAGAAAAUAAGGAUGGAGCGCUCUGAAGGGCCCAGGCUCCAAGUCUGCAGGAGCUAUGCUAGUGUGACCAGAUACAAAAGAGG